CACUAUUCCGUUCCACCAGCCUCAUCUCAACCUGUCGUACCCAGGAUUCGUGGCUUUCCGAUCGCUUCUUGAUCAGUCUCUCGUUGACGGAGCCUCUGGGUUGUUUUUCCUUCUUCCACUUCUCUAAUAACUACACUCGCUUCGCGCCUCUUUAAUAGCCCCUAGCCCUACCUAGAUCCUAGAUCGCCGAUCAUCUCCGUGCUCUUCCUAUUGCCGUGCCCGAACACCCGUUUCGACGCGCACCAUGUUCUCCAAGUUUCUGACUGCCACCACCGUGGCCCUCGCGGCCUCGCUUGUGUCGGCGCAGACUCACAGCGACUGUGAUCCCACCAAGAAGGAUGGUUGCCCUCAUGACAAGGCCGUUGGGGCCCAGAUUGUCGACAUCGACUUCCGCAAGGGCGCCAGCAGCUUCUUCAAGGCUGCCGAUGGCACCGACCUCAAGUACGACAGCGGCCUGGGCGCCGUGUUCACCAUCAACAAGGAGACGGACGCGCCGACUAUCACGAGCAACCAGUACAUCUUCUUCGGCCAGGUGGACGUGACGGUGCGGGCCUCGCAGGGCGUGGGCGUCGUGACCAGCUUCGUGCUGCAGUCGGACGACCUGGACGAGAUCGACUGGGAGUGGCUCGGCGGCGACGCCACCCAGGUGCAGACCAACUACUUUAGCAAAGGAUGCACCGACACCUACGACCGCGGCGGCUUCUCGCCCGUUUCGGACCCCAUCAACAACUUCCACACCUACACGAUCAGGUGGACGCCGGAGAAGCUCGAUUGGAUCAUCGACGGCGCCGUGGUCCGCACGCUCACCAACUCGGGUCUUUCGGGCUGCUCCGGCUACCCCCAGACCCCCAUGCAGAUCAAGCUGGGCACCUGGGUGGGUGGCCGCAGCGACGCGCCCGAGGGCACCAUCCAGUGGGCCGGAGGCCUGACCGACUUCUCCAAGGCGCCUUUCUACGGCUACUACCAGAGCAUCCGCAUCCAGGACUACAUGGGCGGCCAGGGCGCGACGUCGGCGAGCGAGUACUACUACGGCGACAAGUCGGGCACCUGGCAGAGCAUCAAGAUCGUCAACGGCAGCUCGACCGGCUCCGCCACCAUCGCGUCUUCCACCACGACGACCACCAAGCCGACCACGACGGCCAAGCCCACCACCACCAGCAGCACCUCCAAGCACACCUCGACCGCCACCACCCUGACGACCGUCAGCCCCACGCGCAUCGCCACCAACAACGGCACCGCUACCACGUCGCCGGCCGGCAGCAGCGACAAGCCCACGGCCACCACGGCCACCACGGUCCCCACGGCCAGCCAGACCGGCGCCGCGGUCAAGGUGGCUGGCAACCUGGUCGCCGCGGGCGCUGCCGCCCUGCUCGGCUUCCUGGCCCUCUAAGUGCCCGCCAGGCGCACCCCACGCGACAGCGGAGCAGCCCGCUGGCUCUUUCGGUUUUUGAUGUCUUCGUCUUUUCCACCGACCGAAGAUAUUUUGCAGCUUCGAAUCACUCCUUUUCUGUUCGCUUUUUUUUCCCGACGCUGCUUUUGGCCGUGGGAACAAAGCGACAUGCGCCGAUGUUUUUCAGACCAUGUUACCGUUUUAAUGCCGGUCGCCGGGGAAAGGAACAAGACGGACCGGACACCGCCGUGGGCUCUUGCUGGCCGGACAUGGGAAUGGAGUACAUAACUCAGCGUACAUGCGUCGCGGCGUGCGCAGCGUUGUCAUGAGUUUCUUGAUGCAGCUUGUCGCACGCAGAUACGGGAGAUGAGAUGACGUCGGGUUGAAGGGUUGGUUUUCGGUUGGAGGCGGUGCGUUGUUGAUGCUUUGGUUUUGGUGGCAAGAUGGCAUGGUUGUUUGAAGCUGGUUAUGUUUGACGGAGCGUUGAGUUAUUUUUUGGAACGUGAGGCUGUGAUGGGCAUCAAUGAUGUGAUACCCGGGGAUGAGGUUUGGAGCGGUUGCUUCUGGGGUUUUUAGUUGAAAAUGGCAGCGAUGCAUUGCUAGACUAGACUGUGUAAACAGGGUCAGAGGCUAGAUGAUAGUUGUCAUUUGCAGCGAUCUCUUCCGCUCUCGCUGGUGCCGGAUUCUUCCCCUGGCGAGGGGAGGCGAGGGGAGUCAUGGGAUGGUGUGUGCUUUACUGAUGGUUUUGAUGUGGAUCAAAUACCCGUUUCCCCCCC